AUGAUUACCCCACUGUUGAAAUACAAACAAGCACACAGACAAAACGCACACAAAGAUAUAGAAAAGAUUUACAAAGACAACACUCAAAUUGAUUCAGCAAUUAAUAAAUGCAAUUUGGACGUGGUUAAAGAUUAUGGAGAUGACAACAGUUUUAAUGCAACUCCAAAUACUACUUCAUUAUCAGUCACUAAAACCAACAACCUAAAUCGAGAAUCUAAGAUGGAACAUGAACAGUCGGCUAACAAUCCCCGGCCAAUUUCCUUUUUCGAUCAAACUCAAUCUGAUUAUGAAUGUUGUGAUUUGAGGAACAAAUUCAAUAUCCCUUAUUCAGUUUUGAAGUAUAAUUUAGCUCCUGAGAGUUGCAGUCGAAGUAUUGUAGAUACCGAUAAUGAUCUACAGUUCUCAUUCACACCAGAAAUGAAUCUAGAUGAAGUUACACAUCAGAGUCAAGAUCAUCACACAAAAGAUACUGCCACUUCCAUACCAAACCAAGACAACUCCAACAAGCAUACUUACCAGGAAGAACAUAUUGGGGCAUUUUCAGGCUAUUUUGCCAUUCCCAAACUUACAAUUAAUAUUCCAAACCGCGUGCAAGACGAUGAAGAUCGGUUGAAAUACAUUUCCAAUGUUCCAACAAUUUGCUACCAAAAUCAUUUUGAAAUUGAAGAUUCAACAUUUAUAUUUGGUGGUCUUUGUGCAUCUGAAGUGAAUAGUUUUGAGCAUUUGGGGUUACCACCAAAUGCUGAUUUAGAAAAAGUUCAAAUCUAUUUCCCAUUUGAAUUGCCGCCCUUUGUCAAUACAAGAUUAUUAACAAACCCAUUUAUGGAACCCAAUCCUUAUUUUCUUCAAUAUAAUGCUACGAGGGGCUCGGUGACGUAUUUGGAUACAGCAUUAAUGCAAGAAUUCCCCAAGAAUAUAAUUGGAAUGGCAUCUACCAGAAUAUCAUCGAGGCAUUUCUUUUUCUAUGGAGGAUUCCAAAUUGAAAAUAAGUCUUUGCGUCCUAACAAAAAUGGAGAUUGUUGGAUAGUGGAAAAAGCUAUUAUUUUAAACGAAGAUGGCUAUAUUAUUGACACCACAACAUUAAAGUUUUCAAAAGUUAAAUUGACUCGAAAUAACAAAUCGAUAAAGGCAGGUAGAAUAGGUAUGGGAAUAUGUUCUAAUAUCCAUGAGCCUGCUGAUUCAGUCCUCGAUAGUAACUUUAUUAAUGGGAAUCAUCUGUCAGCAGCUGUAUUUGACACUGAAUCUAAAGGAUCCUCAAAGCAAUUCAAUAACAGAACAGAAGGAUAUGCAAAGGAGAAAACCGUCCUGAAUCCACUGGUACCAUUGGAAGGCUCUCACUCAAUAAGGGAUAAUACUAAUACCACUGCUACUACGACAACGCGUCCUACAUUACACAAGAUUAACACUGCACAGUCAUUAGACUUUCAUAAUCGUGAAGUAAUUCAAGGAUCACCUGUAAUUAGGGAAUAUCCAAUUAGUACAGAAAGUAAUCGACCUCUGUCGGCAAUUAGAGGCAAUCCUAGUAACUCAAGCAGUAUGAGUCAACCAAGUUCAACUGGUACAACAAACUCUUCCAAAACGGGUAAUGUUUUCACCAGAUCUGCUAAUAUAUUCCAUCGUCAUAAACAUAAUGACACAGUAAAAUCGCCUCAUCCAUUAAAAGUGACUUAUUCAGAGAGUGCACGAAAGAAAAUUUUACAUUCAAAUAAUCCUUCUGCAUCCAGUAGUCGAACAGCUUCUCCAAUGCCCAAGAGUUUUGACACCAAGAUACCAUCACUGACACCAAGAGCAAUUUCACCUGCACAGCUAUUUAAACGGAGUCCAAUUGAUCCCAUCAAACUCAAAGCCUGGUAUAAUACUGAUCGUAGUUCUCCUUUAGCAGAAGCAACUUCGGACAUAAAUUCGUUUACUACAGAUCAUUCACAAAAUCAGAAAACUAGGAAACAUGUAUUAGAAGAAGACAUAUUUGAAAGGGAACCAAUUGAAUUCAGACCCAGCCCUUCAUUUAGUAGGUCUGAGUUUGAAGAGAAAAGGGGUUCUGCAUUUGAAAUGCCUACCGGUACGCCCAGUGAUUUGUUUACAAAUUCGGUGAGUAUUGAAACAAUGGAAGAAGAAGACACAGCUAACAACGUGUUAUUCAAAUCGGGUGCCAAUGUAUCAAUAUUUGUAUUUGGGGGAUUUGUCUUGGACGAAAACGAAUACUCUCCGGAGACUAAUACCCCUACAACCAAUAUUUCAAAAUUCAAGGCAACUAAUGAAAUGCUUAAAAUCGAUUUGACAACCACUGAGAAGGCACCAUUUUUCAAUAGUGUCAAUUUUUCAAAACAAGCUUUAGUUUGUAAAGUUGGAUCAGAUAUUACUUGUGAUAUUAUUAUAGAUGAAGAUGAAAACUGUCCACUGCCACGAGGGUAUUUUGCUUAUAAUUUAAUUGAUUAUCUGUUGGGUGUAGAUGAAACAUGUACCAUCAAUGUUAGUGAGCGAGAAAGUGAAAAGCAACAAUUUACAAAUUUAACCACUGAAAAAUCACCUGAAGAUGAAGUCACUAAUUCAAGUGUUGAUAAGUUUUGGGAUUACAAUCUACCAUCCAACGAACGAGAAUCAUAUAAAAUCCAGAAAUAUUUUGAAUCGAGAGCAUUAAUUGUUCAAGGAGGAUGUGCUGAAGAUAACAAGUUUCAUGGAGAUUUAUACAGGUUUGUUUUCAAGACUUGUAAAUGGGAAAAGAUUGUUACAUUUGCUUUUGAUUACUAUAAUAUAUCCCAGAAACCAGAUGAAGAUGAAGAAGUCAAGACCCUUAGUCCAGAAAAUCAAGUUGCUGAACCACAAUUAAAGGAAGCAGAACUUCGUUGUUGUCAUCAUACAGCAGUAUAUUACCGAAAUGAAGAAAGAGAUUAUUUGUUUAUCAUAGGUGGAGUUAAAAAUAGCCAUUUGCGUUUUUAUGACACCGAGCCGUAUACGAGUGACAAAUUUGAUGUUUCAAGGUUUGCUACUUUGCAAUUAGCUGCUGAAAAUAAGAAUUUAUUACGAGUUGCUGUAUUGAAUACACGAACCCAAAUCUGGAGAUUUAUGAGAUAUUAUUAUGAUGUUAGUCAAGCUGUUUCUGAUACAACUACUUACCAGCCGUAUUUUACCAAUUGCAGAUUUUCACAUAUUGGUGGGAGUGCAUGUAUUAAUGGCAAAACAAUCACCCUAGCACAAGGGUUAGCAAAUAUUGCGCCGGAACAUAAAAAGGAUAUGGAUGAAUUGAGGAAACAGUUUCCUAUAGAAGAGCUCCUAUGGGGUGGAUAUCUACAAAUCACAUUUCCUGGGUUAUGA